CCCUUCGGCGCACGGAGACCUUUAGAGCAGCUGCCUGCUCUGUCUCACCCAGGCUGGAACAUAUAAAAGCUGUUAGCAGCCUCUGGGGCCAGAAGCUUCCAAACCAGCAGAGUUUUGUUCUUUGGUAAUAAGAAACAGUCCUUCACCAAGGUUCCUAUCAUCAUUUAGGAGAGUGCUAUAUAUACUGGGAGAACAAUAGACUGUAUUUUUUUUUUUCUUGGUACUAUCCAGAGAUCUGUUUUCUGCUGUCCUGACUUAAAGCAGAGUACCUCUGUGGCCUGUCUUUCUCCUUUGGCCCCAAAAUGACAGUAAUCACUGCAAUCAGUUGUGCUUUCUUACUUUCCAUUCUCUGUGAAACAAGUGCAUUAGUGUUACCCAACUCCACCGACCUACUCCUGUCAGACAAUAAUUUCACUGACAUUGAGACGGCUUUGGCAGCUCAUCUGGACUCUGCAAAAAUUCCCAAAGCCAGGCGGAAGCGCUACAUUUCGCAGAAUGACAUGAUUGCCAUUCUUGAUUAUCAUAAUCAAGUCAGAGGUAAAGUCUUCCCACCUGCUUCCAACAUGGAAUAUAUGGUUUGGGAUGAAACUCUUGCCAAAUCUGCAGAGGCUUGGGCUGCUACGUGCAUUUGGGACCAUGGACCUUCCUACUUACUAAGAUUCUUGGGCCAAAACCUGUCUGUACGAACUGGAAGGUAUCGAUCUAUUCUCCAGCUGGUAAAGCCGUGGUAUGAUGAGGUGAAGGAUUAUGCUUUCCCUUACCCUCAGGACUGCAACCCCAGGUGCCCCAUGCGAUGUUAUGGACCCAUGUGCACCCAUUACACACAGAUGGUUUGGGCCACUUCCAAUCGUAUAGGCUGCGCAGUCCACACAUGCCACAAUAUGAACGUCUGGGGAUCUGUUUGGCGACGAGCUGUUUACUUGGUAUGCAACUAUGCCCCAAAGGGGAAUUGGAUUGGAGAAGCACCAUAUAAAGUAGGAGUCCCGUGUUCGGCCUGUCCUCCGAGCUAUGGAGGUUCUUGUACCGACAAUCUUUGUUUCCCAGGAGUAACAUCAAACUACUUAUACUGGUUUAAAUAAGUUAAGGUUUACAUUAUUUUAAAAAAAAACAUGGAUGAGUAACAAGAAGCUUGUAUAUUGAAUUUUGCACAUAUUAUAUAUAGAGAGAUACUGUAAUAAUACUCUGUUUUCUUUUUGUAUGCUUCUGUAUAAUUAGCUUUCAAAGUAUAGUACAAUUUGGUUUUAACACUUUUGGAUUUAAGACUCACAUUAACCCUUUUAGAUUAACAUUUUGUUAAAGGAGAGCAAACUACUUUUCACCUUAGCGAGUGUAGCUUCCAGAAGAUUAGGUUCUAUUAAAAGCACAUUAAAAG